AUGAACGAAGAUAGUUCUAAAAGAUUGGUUGAUAUUGAAGUAGGGAUCAAUAAGUUAUCCUUACAAAGAAACACAGCUUCUCAGGUGGAAAAAGAUACUUUAAGUGGAAUUCAAAAGGAACAAAACCGAAAAGUUGAAUCAUCUUCUUCAAAGCCGUCCACACGAAUGACGCAUAAUCUUUCCAGCUUUGAAAGUGAGGGAAAUGGGGCAGGACAAAACCAAUUAAAUGUUUUCUUACUUAGAAUUGACAAUCUUCCACCAGGAAAAACUUGGCAGCAGGUCAAAUAUCUUAUAGGUGGUAUCAUUCAUCAUUCCAAUGUUCAAUUAGUAAGACUUUUACCACCAAUGACUUCAAUUGUCCCACCAUAUUUUACUUUCCAAAGUUGUCUAAUUGUUUUGAAGGAUUCUUUAAAUCAAAUAACUUUGAAUAAUUUGAUUAGAACGUUGAAUACGUACCAGUGGGACUAUUACGAUCUUUAUGCAUAUCAGAUUCCAAUGUUGAAACCUGAUGUUCCUUUUACGACACACCAGAAUAGUAACGAAGCUUUAAAUAAUCACAAUGGUGAAGAAGAGAAUGAGGAGUAUAAAAGCAACGAAAAUAAAGGAACUGUUGUUGAUUAUUUUGCAAAUAUACCUUCGUCUGCGCCUUUAUUAAGAUCAACUGUUCCGCCUCCAAUUGUUCCACGUAUGAUGCCCAGUAAUCCUCCUUCAAGCCAAACUACUUCAUAUCCAAUUUAUCCAAUGAUGUCGCCAAAUUUCUUUUCUAGGUCAAUGGCACCUGGACCACCUCCAUCACAACCGGCCUAUUCACAACCAUCACCAGUCUCAGGCCCAAGAGGCCUUUACCCCCAACAACAACAACAGCCACAGCAGCAGCAGCAGCAACAACAGCAACAACAGCAACAACAGCAACCUCUUAUUCCAAGGAAUGAUACUGCUAAUAUUCCUGUAAUUCGGAGGCCCAAUAUUCCUCAAAUACGAUACCAAUAUCAGCAUCAAUAUCAAAAUAUUAAAGAACCUACUACUAGACGACAAUAUUUCCAAAAACCACCAGCAAAGAAAUUAGCACCAACAUAUCCAACGCAAACCCUUAACCAACCUAACAGCUCUGGGCCUUUAAAUAGAUUGAUGUCAUCAAACUUAAUAAAUAAUAAUAGUAUCGAUACUAGUAACAUGGGUACUUAUAAAGAACUUUUCAAUGAAAACGCAUUUAGAAGACAAAUGACAAAUAGAGGAAUGUUUCAAAUAAAACUGGAAAACUUCCCACCUUUCCUAGAGCCAGAAUCAAUGAUCAAAGUUGACGAGCAUAUAGCCAUUGGCAAUUUAGAUAAUUUAGAAACUUUGACAUUACAAAAUAAAUCUAUCCUAUUCAAAUUUUGUAGAUUGAAAUGGAAAAUAUUAAAAGAUUUCAUUAAAUUAAAAUGCCCCAAAUUAUUUGAGUUAAAUAAGAAACAUUUCCUACAACAACAACAGCUUCAACAACAACAAUUAAAUAUUCCUGGAGUUGUACGCGAUACGGGAAAAAAUGUAGAUAAUAUAGAUAAAACUUACUAUCCACAUUUUCAUGAUUCAUUAAAUAAUACAAGAGAAUUUUAUGUGGGUGUCUUUGAGAAAACUCAUAAAAGAUUUAAAUUGAAAUUUAUGGAAAACGAUGACGUUGAUAAAGAUUCAGAAUAUUUAAUUACUGGGAUUACUUAUGGAGCAAUUGUUGGAUUCCAUGAUAAGGAAUUUUGUGAUUUAUCUUUACAAUUAUUACAAGAUCAAGAAUAUUCUCUAUCUUAUAAACUUAAAGUGUUAGAAUUACCACCGUUUGAAGAAGAGGAAGAGGAAAAAACCAACGACGUGGAAGACAAAGGGGAAGAUGAAGAUGAAGAUGAGGGUGAGGAUGAGGAGGUGGAUGGAGAAGGGAGUUCAAAAUCUACAUAA